AUGAGCGCGUGCGGCAGGAAGGCCCUGACAUUGCUGAGCAGUGUCUUUGCAAUCAGCAGCCUGGGGCUACUGGGAGUGGCAGUCAGCACCGACUACUGGUUGUACCUGGAGGAGGGCGUUAUUAUGCCUCUGAACCAGAGCACUGACAUCAAGACCUCGCUGCACUCCGGCCUCUGGAGAGUCUGCUUCCUGGCCGGCGAAGAGUCCGGCCGCUGCUUUACCAUCGCGUACAUCAUGCCCAUGAAUGUCCAGUUGUCGUCAGAGUCCACAGUAAACGUGCUCAAGAUGAUCCGAUCAGCCACUCCGUUCCCUCUGGUCAGCCUCUUCUUCAUGUUCAUCGGCUUUGUCCUUAACAACAUCGGGCAUGUUAGGCCUCACCGCACCAUCCUGGCGUUUGUCUCUGGCAUCUUCUUCAUCCUCUCGGGUCUGGCUCUUGUGGUGGGUCUGGUGCUGUACAUCUCCAGUAUAAAUGAUGAAAUGCUGAACCGGACUAGGAGCAGUGAGGCCUAUUUUACCUAUAAGUACGGCUGGUCCUUUGCCUUCGCUGCCAUCUCCUUCCUGCUCACUGAGAGUGCAGGCGUCAUGUCCGUCUACCUGUUCAUGAAGCGCUACACAGCAGAGGAGAUCUACCAGCCUCGUCACCCCAGUUUCUACCGCCCUCGCCUCAGCAACUGCUCCGACCACUCGGGCCAGUUCCUCCACCCAGAGGCCUGGUCACGUGGGCGAAGUCCCUCUGAUAUCUCAAGUGAAGCUUCACUCCAGAUGAGCACCAGCUACCCCGCUCUCCUCAAAUGCCCUGACUACGAUCAGGUCUCGUCUUCACCCUGCUGAGGGGUCGGCAGCCAC